AAAAGAGGGAACGAAAAUAAAUAUUCAAACAAAAUGGCUCAAGAAAACUCCGAUAUGUCCACAAAAUUCUCCACACUAAAUGUAAAUGCUGCGGAAUUUGUACCCAGUUUUGGUAGUUUCAGUGCGGCCGUUGUCAGUUCCAUGAAUAAUGACAAUAGUGCGCCGGCUGCCGCUACCACUGCUGCUGCUGCUCCCAUGGAUACAACCAGCGUGCCCGCGUCUACCAGCGGCACUCCUGCCACCACACCUAAUUCGGAUGCAUCCGCUUCGGGUUCCCUGAGUGCACUUAAUCAGGCGGCCGGUGAUGUUGCACCAGCGGAAUCGCCCAUGCAAACGUCACCCGUAAAGGUUGCUGCUGCUGCACCUGUGGAAAAUAUCAAUACAGCCGAUAAAAUUGCAGCCAAUAAUGAAAAUGAUCCUGCCGAUAGCUGGGACGUUGAAGAUGAACCUGUCAUUACACCCGACGACGAAGAAGUUGAAGAUAUCGAAGAAGUCGAAGGUGAUGCCACACCAAAGGUGUCAAAGAAAAAGAUACCCAAAGUAGAAGACACAAAGAGCAAAAAGGAACAUGUGAAUGUCGUAUUCAUUGGUCACGUUGAUGCUGGUAAAUCAACAAUUGGUGGUCAAAUUAUGUCCCUUACCGGUAUGGUCGACAAACGUACUCUGGAAAAAUACGAACGUGAAGCACGUGAAAAAUCUCGUGAAAGUUGGUAUCUCUCAUGGGCCUUGGAUACAAAUCAAGAGGAACGUGACAAGGGUAAAACUGUUGAGGUCGGUCGUGCCUAUUUCGAAACGGAACGUAAACAUUUCACAAUUUUGGAUGCACCCGGUCACAAAAGUUUCGUACCCAAUAUGAUUGGUGGUGCGGCACAGGCUGAUUUAGCCGUGUUGGUAAUCUCAGCGCGAAAAGGUGAAUUCGAAACUGGUUUUGAUCGUGGCGGUCAGACUCGCGAACAUGCUAUGUUGGCCAAAACCGCCGGCGUCAAACAUCUGGUCGUGCUCGUCAAUAAAAUGGACGAUCCCACAGUCAAUUGGGAUGAGGCACGUUACAACGAAUGCAAAGACAAAAUCCUACCAUACCUCAAAAAAUUAGGUUUUAAUCCAGCUAAAGAUCUAACCUUUAUGCCAUGUUCAGGUUUAAGCGGAGCCGGUUUACGUGAUGUCAUACCCGAUUCAAUUUGUCCAUGGUACAAUGGACCAGCAUUUAUACCAUUUAUUGAUCAGUUGCCUUCAUUAAAUCGUAAAGCCGAUGGUCCCUUCAUAAUGCCCAUUGUUGAUAAGUACAAGGAUAUGGGUACGGUCGUAAUGGGCAAGGUUGAGUCGGGUACUGCGCGAAAAGGACAAAAUUUGUUGGUGAUGCCUAAUAGGACACAAGUUGCCGUUGAUCAACUGUGGUCCGACGAUGAUGAAGUCACAUCUGUGGGUCCUGGCGAAAAUGUUAAAAUCAAGCUGAAGGGUAUUGAAGAAGAAGAUGUCUCACCUGGUUUUGUUUUGUGCGAUGCCUCUAAUCCUAUUAAAACUGGCAAAAUCUUUGAUGCUCAAGUUGUUAUUUUGGAGCAUAAAUCAAUUAUCUGUGCUGGUUAUUCGGCCGUUAUGCACAUACAUUGUGCAGCUGAAGAAGUUACCGUUAAAGCCCUCAUUUGCUUGGUUGACAAAAAGACCGGCGAAAAAUCAAAAUCACGUCCAAGAUUCGUUAAACAAGAUCAGGUGGCAAUUAUGCGAAUUGAAUGUUCCGGUAUGAUUUGUUUAGAACAAUUUAAACUAUUCCCACAGAUGGGAAGAUUUACUCUGAGAGAUGAAAACAAAACAAUCGCUAUCGGCAAAGUGUUGAAGGUGAUCGAGUAAAUUGAGCCAAGCUUGAUUUUUCUUUUUUGUAAUUUUAAUUUUCUUGAGUGCUUCAAGCCCCGCCUUUUUUAAAAAGAAAAACAAAA